AUGGCUGAUAGCGACGAUGAGAUGCCUCUCUCCAACCCGCUUCCUCCCCCGCCGCGGCCGGGCCGGAAGAAGGAGCAGGAGCGUGCUCCGGAAACCACGCCGGGAAAGGCGGCGGAAUCUGCGAAUCUCAAGCGGUUCAACGAUCCAAGUGCCACUCCUGGUUCAGACGCCAGGCGCAAGUACUAUGGCAAAGGGAAAGGCAAUUUCAAUCUCGUUCUUCCCUCUUUCCACACCAACCCCACCUCCCCCCCCCGGUACCCUCAUCCCCCCCACCUCUCUUCCCCUCCGCCUCCCUCUUCCCGCACCAUACCCUUUCCCAGGGAAGAGGGUGCCUCUGCGGGGGGUGACAGUAAAGAGGGCGAGGAGCCGCAAUACAGGGACAGGGCGAAGGAGAGGCGGGAGGAGGUGAAUCCGGAUUACAAGGAUGCAGCCGUGCCAAGCCACCUGGGACAGCUCAACGCCGUUGCCCCGCCUGGCGUGGACUUGACCACCACAGACGCACACAAGCUGGCGAUUGAGAAGUCCAAGUUCCUGGGAGGAGACGUGGAGCACACGCAUCUGGUGAAGGGGCUGGACUAUGCUCUGCUCAACAAAGUGCGGUCGGAAAUGAAAGGGCGUCCGGGGGGAGAGAAGGGAGGGGAGGCGGGGGGAGGAGGAGAGGAGGGAGGAGAAGAGGAGGAGGAGGAGGGGGGCGCUGCUGCGGCGGUUGCUGCGGCAGGAAAGGCCAAGGGCAGGGAGAGGGGAGGGGAGGGAGAGAAGGAGGAAGGGGGAGAGGAGGACGAGGAAGAGGGGGACAGUGGUGCUGCCGCUGCCGCGGCGGCGGCUGCUGGGAAGGCCAAGGGCAGGAAAGCACAGGAGAAAGUGCCCACGUUUCGCUCUGCCCUUGCUCGAUCGGUAUUCGAGCAGAUAGUCCGCCCGGUGCCGCCCAAGCCGAACGAGUUCUUCCUGCCGGGCCGCACGUCGUUUGUCUUUGACAUGGAUGACGAGUUCCGGAAUGAAAUCCCCACCACCGUGCACCGCAGCAAGGCCGACUGCCCUGCUCCUCAGGAUCUCAUAUCCGCGGCACAGGACGCCCCAGUGUUGGAUAGAGUAACCCACGUCAUCUCAUAUCUGCGGUUGGGAUCAAACGCCAAGGUAUGA